UACAUUGCUAAGAGAGAAGUUAGAGAGAGAGAGAGAGAGAGAGAGAGAGAGAGAGAGAGAGAGAGAAGAGAAGAGAAGAGAAGAGAAGAGGGGAUGGAGGGUGCUUUGGGAAAAUCUGGUGAAGUAGUGAAGGAAGAGAAGAGAGUUGAAUCAAGCGGCGAUGAAGAUGGUUACAAGGAAAAUAAUUUCCUUAAGGAUAUUAAGCUUGAAUCCGCCAAGGCCGAUCGCGAAAUGGGUGAAGUGAGACAAGAAAACCAGAGACUAAGGAUGCAUUUAAACCAGAUCAUGAAGGACUACCAGACCCUUCAGAUGCAAUUCGACAACAUUCUCAAGCAAGAAGCCAAGGAAUCAGCAAACAUGGGCAUGGCCCGCACCGAUCUGCUAGAUCAGGCAACCGACGAGCCGGAGCUAGUUUCUCUGAGUCUCGGGAGAAGUACUUCAAGUGAGCCGAGAAAGGAUCAAAACCCUAAAAGACUCAAGGACGAUCAACAAGAAAAUGAGGGUUUGGCCCUCAGACUCGACAGCAGUUCUUUUGAAAUGCCUAAAACAGGACCAAGCACUGAAAAUUCAUCGAAAUCGAGCCCUGAGAACAACUUGGAAGGGAAUAAAGAAGCCGGCGAGAGCUGGCCGCCGCACAAGGUUUUGAAGACAAUGAGAAGAGAAGAUGACGAGGUUUUAGAGCAGAAUCCAGCGAAGAAAGCUAGGGUUUCUGUGAGAGUCAGAUGUGACACCCCCACGAUGAACGAUGGAUGCCAGUGGAGGAAGUACGGGCAGAAGAUUGCGAAAGGAAAUCCAUGCCCGCGAGCAUACUAUCGUUGUACUGUUGCACCAACCUGUCCUGUAAGAAAGCAGGUGCAAAGAUGUGCUGAGGACAUGGGCAUCUUGAUCACCACCUACGAAGGAACGCACAACCACCCACUUCCCAUCUCCGCCACCGCCAUGGCAUCCACCACCUCAGCCGCGGCCUCCAUGCUACUGUCUGGCUCAUCCACCUCCGGAACAGGCCCCGCUGCCUUAUCCGCCGGCACAAUCGCUUCUUCAUCAGCUGACCUCCAAGGAUUAAACUUCUACCUGUCUGAUAAUUCAAACACUAGGCAGUACUACCUACCAAAUUCUUCAAUGUCAUCUGCACCUUCACACCCAACUAUCACUCUUGAUCUCACUUCCCAUUCCUUAUCCUCAGCCUCUUCCUCCUCUCAUUUUAGCAAAAUCCCAUCAAAUUUCCUUUCAGCCCCAAGAUAUUCUUCCACAAAUCUCAAUUUCAGUUCUUUGGAAUCCAACCCCCUACCCAUUUCUUGGACUAAUAAUGGGGUCCUUAACUAUGGGGCUCAGAUGCAGUACAACAAGAACCAUGUUGGUGGUAAUUCACUCAACUUUGGUUCUAAACAAAAUCAAGAGAACAUGUUUCACUCUUUCAUGCAGAAUCUUGUCCCUAAUUCCUCUCCCCCCAGACAAAUCCUACCAACGGACUCCAUUGCGGCUGCGACCAAGGCAAUAACGUCGGACCCGAGCUUCCAAUCUGCUUUGGCAACUGCUCUCACGUCCAUCAUCGGCUCCAAUGGCGGUGGAGGAAGAAACCUAGGGUUUCAGACCGGAGGCGAAAACUUUGGCAAGAGUUUGAAUUUUGGUGAGGCCUUCCCAUCACCUAAUACAAACGGGAAUAAAUGCUCUUCAAGUUACUUAACUCUAACACCGCCUUCAGCACCAAAUUCUCUGCCGGCAAGCUUGACGUUUUUGCAACCACUGCCAUCACCUUCGGCCGACAAAUUCUCUACCUAAAUGCCCCAUUGCCGUUUCGUACCUCCAAAAGCGAGCCCACUCUUCCUUGUGAGAGGGGCUACAUCGACGAUUGAUUAUCAGAUGAUUGGGCAUAGGGAAUUUUGUUAGUGAUCAUAUCGUCGUCAAGGUUUGUUGUAUUGUUAAGAAAUUGUGCAUUGAUAUUCUUAGGAUUUUUUUCCGGUAUGUAAAAGAGACAUACGUACUAUGAUCAAGAAAAUCGCACAUGUCGUGCGAAUAACAUCUUUCCUUUAGUUUGUUUUUUUUUUUUUCUUGUAUUUUGUUGACAAAAUAUUACUAAUUAUGUACAUAUGAUGAAUAGACCAUGAAUUGAGAAAUUGGCCCGAUCUUGUUAUUUUUGAUAACAU